AUAUAUCUGGAUAUAAAUGAGUCAACAAUUUCUUGAUACUACUGUAAAAUCACGAAAACCUAAAAAUUCCGCAUUUUUCCAACAAAAACUACCAGCAUGGCAACCAAUGUUUACGGCAAAAAAAUCUGGCCUAAUGUUUAUUGUAUUUGGAAUAAUACUACUACCAAUUGGUGUUGUACUAUUGUUAACCUCAAAUAAUGUUAUUGAAUACUACGUCGACUAUACAGAUUGUACACAAACAGGUUCACAAGUCUCAUGCUCCGUAGUGGCUGUUUCUGGAAAUUCAUGUAUCUGUUCUGAACAAGUAUCUAUUAAGACAUUUAUUCCUGGACCUGUUUUUGUCUAUUACAGUUUAAGUAAUUUUUAUCAAAAUCAUCGAAGAUAUGCACGAUCUAAAAAUGAUGACCAAUUGCUUGGUAGUUAUCAAGAUCCAAGUUCUUUGUCUUCUUGUGAACCGUAUUCAUCAAUCGAUGGUAAAGCAAUACUUCCAUGUGGAGCAGUUGCAAAUAGUAUAUUUAAUGAUACUUUUACUAUACAAUAUGUACGUGAUGAUAAAACAAAAGUUACUGUUGACACUUUAAAAACUGGUAUCGCUUGGCCAUCUGAUAUAGCGAGGAAAUUUGGCGUUUUGGAUAGUAAAGGUGAGUAG